AUGCAGGGAUGGUACCAGUUCGGCUAUGAUGGCUUCCCGUCUGGUGAGGCGAGGCGGCAAUUCUAUCGCCAGCGCGACGACCCUUGCGACAGCGAGGAGGAGCGCGAGGCGUACGACGGCAAUGACCGACCAGUGUACUACUACCCUAUGCACGAGAGCGAGGAAGCUUCCUCUGUGGAGAGGGAUGAUGUGGAGGAGCUGUCGUCACUCCCACCCGCGUCUCCGUCCCCUCUUCACGUAUCGGCGUGGGAGACCUGCCCUGGACGCUGUGGAAGUGCUAUCGUGCCGUUGUGUAAGCAUAACUGCUGCUGCGAGAAUGACAAUACUAACAACAGUGAGACGGAGGGUGAUGUCUACUAUUUGCUGCACGGAGGUGCGGUGGUGGUGGCUGGGCAAGUGACGAAUUCUUCAGAAGUGCUGCGCGUGAAGGCGUAUGUAAACCGUGUUGCUGUCCACGAUUCUUUGUCGGCUGUGGCGCUGGAUGCGUCUCUUGCGGCGGCAAUCCGCUUUACCGGUGAAGAUCCUUUUGUAGCAGCCGAGUUAGAUGGUAUGGCGGACAUUGCGAUAACCCCACCGCGGCGGUUUGGACACGCUGCCGUAGCAAUUCCAAUCUCGGAAGCCGCUGCUGCUGCGAUGCUCUCACCAGAGAAUCGUACAACCUGCGAGCUGCAUUUUUCCUUGAUUAUUGGUGGCGCCUUCAGCGAUCAGGUUCCCAAGAAUUUGCACGACGUGCGUAUAAGAGGUUCGGUGAUGUGCGAGCCUUGGUUAUGCAUAACGGUGCUCCGUCGCCACGAAAAUACGAAGGUCAAGGGGAUUGCUUGUAGUGCCGCUCAUUCUGCUCCGGGAUCUCGCACGGAAUUAACAGCGGCACACUGGACGUUGCAUUGCCCUCUUACUGGAUUGGCCCCAUUCACGGCUACACCGCGUGUGUUUGCCACAUUAACCGCCUGGCCCAUUGUAGAAAGAGAGACCAUAACAGCAUCAUAUGCGUAUUUAGGCGGUAGUAUGAAUGGAUGGGACCCUUUGCCACUUUUUGGACUAUGGUUGCUUCACGUGGACGUGACAAACUGGAAAGUCUCCAUUACACUGCUUGAAACUUUGGGGGAGGAGCCACCGCCACGUUUCGGGCAUUCCGCUGUUGUGGUUGAAUCAGAGGAGCUAUACGUGUUUGGUGGGAUCGGGGCGCGGCGAACGUAUCUGAAUGAUCUUGUGGUACUUAACUGUGCUACAAGGGUCUGGAGAGAGGUUUUUGUACCAUCUGUCUUUUCAAUGCCGCCACGCGCUUUCCACAGCAGUCUGCUGUUGCCACAUUUCACGGCGAUUCUCAUUAUUGGGGGUGAAGCUGGAGGCUGCCACGAACCAAGUGUGUGGAUAUACAGUGUUGACCGUGGCAAUUGGCGCCUAAUGACAUUCCCUCUGCUCGACUGCCCCUUUUCACUUCUAUCAGCAAAAGGGGAACUUGUACCAGGGAAUCGCGUUAUUGGUGCCGCUCAGCUGUUGUGUGAGCAGGAACGAUCAAAUGCAGAGAGAAGAAAUGGUUCGAGUGAUGCCCAGUUACGGCACAUUGUUAACCAGCCCCGUGGGAGUUACACAUCUCCAUCGCAUAAUCCACCACCUUACUCGAAGAGUGGCUUCAACUCUUCUUUACCUGCUGUUGCAUCUGGGGAAACUACUGGGACACCGCUGAGUACAUACUACUUCGCCGCCAUGCAUGGAUCUCUGCUGCACGCGCUGUCCAUGGAUGGUGGGGUGCUGGUCGUGGGUGGCACGAAGUCACCGUGUGUAAUGUCUCUUAGUUGGCUUCCAGCGCGGGAUUACUCGCUGAAGGAGAGCGCAGCAAUGUGGAUCUGCAUGCAUCGAUCACAUCCUUUCUCCGAGAGGAGACGGGGCCCACAAUCUCGAAACGAAAUGAGCAUGUCGCGUGCUCCGAUGGGCUACAAGGGGAACGCACCACCAGUAGCAAAGACGCCAAAUGAGCGUGCCAAUCUGGUGGAGCGCUCGCUCGCGGAGUACCAACUCGACCAGUGGAGGCGCAGUGCUCAGAAGCGACUGCGUGAUCAGUGA